AACUGAUACGUACAUACAUCGAGCGAAAUCACUAUCGUAUAUUUCUUGAUUAAACAGUACGGCACACUAGCUCCGUUAAAACGAUCACAAUGGACAUUAAAUUCCAAGGCAAGCGUAUUCUCGUCACGGGUGCUGGACAAGGAAUUGGUAAAGAUCUAGCACUUCGUCUCUCCAAAUAUAAAGCCGAAGUGAUCGCUCUUUCUAAAACGAGCGAACAUUUGAAAAAAUUACUUGCCGAAGAUCCAAAGAUCAUACCAGUAUGCGUUAAUCUUAGAGAUUGGAAAGCAACGAGAAAGGCUAUUGAAAAUGUUUUACCGAUUGAUCUAUUAGUGAAUAAUGCUGGUGUAGGUCAUGUGUCUUCUUUCUUUGAUGCAACACCGGAAGAUUUUGAUUUAGUAUUCGAUGUCAAUGUUAAAGCGAUUAUGAAUGUCUCACAAGUGGUUGCUAAGAACAUGAUUGAAAGAAAUGUUGCUGGCAGUAUUGUCAAUAUAUCCUCGCAAGCUAGUCAAGCUGCCUUGAAGGAUCAUACUAUUUAUUGUUCUUCUAAAGGAGCCGUCGAUAUGCUAACAAAAAUGAUGGCUCUCGAACUAGGUCCUCAUCAAAUUCGAGUAAACGCUGUGAAUCCUACGGUCGUCCUCACGGAAAUGGGAAGAUUAGGAUGGAGCGACAAAGAUAAAGCUUCAAAUAUGAUCAGCAAAAUUCCAAUGGCUCGAUUCGCAGAGAUCGACGAAGUCGUUGAUGCAAUAGUAUAUUUAUUAAGUGAGCGCAGUUCAAUGAUAAAUGGAGUAACUUUACCCGUGGACGGUGGAUUUUUAGCAACAUAAAUUACUCUAUUAAAAUUAUAGAACAUUAUGAAACACCAUGCAUUUUAUUUUUUUGUUUUCACUAAUCUGAAAAUUUAUGUAAUAUGCAAAAUAGAAUUUCAAUUAUGUAAGUAGA